AACCGGAUGAACUAGUAGCGCCACCACAACCAAAGGAACGCAGUUUAUUACCAACUACAAUAUCCAUUUCGGAUAAAAAAAAGGAUAUCUUAUGAGCAAUAACAAAACAACUUUCGUUAACCUACAACAGAACGGUAAUUGCUCUUUCUGAUCGUAUUUGUAUACACGAAUAAUGUCGAAAAAGCUAGCCAUAUUUAUUAACUUCGUUGUUCUAGAUCCAUUUAGCGAUAACGCUGUAUCUGGAUCAAGUCAAGGUGGGGUAAUACACAUACGAAUCCAACAAAGAAAUGGUAGAAAGACGCUAACUACUGUCCAAGGUAUAAAGGAUGAAUUCGAUUUGAAAAAAAUUGUGAAAGUGUGCAAAAAGGAAUUUGCCUGUAACGGAACUGUUGUCGAGCAUCCAGAAUAUGGGGAAGUAAUUCAAUUUCAAGGAGAUCAAAGACAAAACAUUAAUGACUUUCUUAUCAAGAUUGGUCUUGCAAAAACCGAGCAAAUCAAGGUUCACGGGUUCUAG